GCGGCAACGCUCAACAUCCCCAUCGCUCCUCCAUCCCACUUUGUAACGCCUUCGUGACGAGAGCCCCAAUCAAAAUCACGCUGGGGGGCAUCUUCGCAAUCACGCGCCUUCGAAUUCUGCGUCUCGGGAGCUUCUGAUCGAUCCAUUGAGGGUCGAAAUCUGUUCUGGGUGCACAAUUCUCCGCCCGCUUUGUCUCUUUGAGGAUCAGGGAACGUCGGUGUAGUAUCAGGGAAACUCGCAGGAAUUUGAGGAAGUUUUGGGAGACUCGUGAAGGGAUAUUGAAAGCUUGUUCGGACUAGGACUUAUGGCGCCGAAGAAGAGGACGUCGAGGUUUGCGAACGAGGAUGCGCCCUGGCGAGCUCUCAAGGGAGAGAAGCCUGUUCCUCGAAUUAACAAGGGUGGCGUUGUGGCUGUUCGGCAAGGAGCUAACUACCAGUAUGCCAUUAGCAUUAUGAAGCAUCCGGAUCCAAUAGGCUAUGGUCUUGCUCGUGAAGCUUAUGUAGAACCCGCUGGACCUGAUUGCAUUAUCCCUGGAUUGCAAAGGCCCGUAAAGGUCCUAGGCCUUCAAGUAUGGCCAAUUCCUUUCAAACCGGUAAUCAGCUUGAAAGCGCUAGAACCAAUCGGUCGUGAAUUGAAGACUGUAGGGAAGUUGUUGGACAAGGCCUUUGACCUAAUGCAAGCGCCGUUUAGUGAGCGAUAGCUCUAGAUAUCAAAGUGAAGAAUAUCAUAUGUACCAUGAAGCCGAUUCUGGAUUUCAGUUGCAACUCUAUUGUUCUUGAAGUAAAUCCAAAAUUUUCUGGUGAGUAAUGAAUUCAGUACUUACGUACACAAAAAGGUCUAGCUAUCUUCCUGACCAGUAAGGCACACAAGAUUACCGUAGAUUAAGUGAGCUAAUUUCAGAUGUUUGAGGCUGCUUGGCAUACUCCAUGUGGAUUACCUGCAUUGACUUGACACGAAGUUUUAUAGAUCGCCCCAACACUUGUACCCUCAGAAGAAUCAUGCUAGUGUCAUGAAAAGAUAGUUUGUGGAGGAACAUCUCUUGAUCUUGUCGAAGAGCAUAUGCUGGUCACCUGCUCAAUUCAAGGUUGUCCUGAAGAUUUAAUGAAGAAGACUGGAUUAGCUAUUAUAUACAUGCAAACUUCCUCAGCUUCAUGUACAUUAACAAGUAUGAUAUUGUCAGGUUCACGUGAACAAAGAUAAAAUAUAUUUGUGAAGA